AUGGGGCAGCACAAGAACGACACAGCCUUUGUGAAGACACUGGGCGACAUCACCUUUGGGGACCUUUACAACAAGCACGUGAAGUUCGAGACCACCACCGGCAAGGGGCCCUACAAGUGUACUCUGGCCCUGCAAGUGGAUUGUGCAGACUGCUUUGUAGAUUGUACGGAUUGUAUGGACGGCUUCGACCCAACAGAGUACCUCUUCAACCACGUGUUGCAGCACGAUGGCAAGGAGGAGCUCGUCAAGAUGUGGCUGAGCUGGCUUGACACCGGAAGCAUCAUGGAGAUGGGGGCCGAGUUGUCCCAGAGGAGUCGGUGGAUGUGGAGGAGGAGAUCAUCAAGUUCCAGGGCCUCUGCCGUCGGCCGUGAAUGCGAACGUGAACGCGACUUGGAGCCCUACUUGGAGCCCGCGGCCAGCGAGGAGGGCGGGCCGGUAAUAAUGGUGACUGCUGAGUUUGCACAAGUGCAGGACGUGUGGUCGCCGCCAGGUGCUGAAGUACUGGUGCUGUGUCAGAAAGAGCUAUGGACAUGA